GGUGGUUGCCAUGUUAUGGUGAAUAUUCGCAAGACUCGCAUAUAACCGCAAUUACGUGCGGACCGUUACAAAGAGAUGGGCGUCAGGGCAUUGUCGAGGUUGUGCUGCGUUGUCGCACGGCACUGAAGAGUGUGCACAGAGUCCUGCAUGGCAACACGUACAUUGACAAGGCGGACCGGUCGCUCUUCGUACAGCUGUCGUGAUGCGGACUGAAAUAACCCGCGAGUAUCUGGCGUGGCGGGCCUUCGGAGUGCUUGCCGCGCUGCACAUGCCCAUGUAUUGUGACAUCGGAUGUCGGUUUCUAUGCCGUGAUUAUUCUGACCGCCUUUCAGUCCAUCAGGACAACCGCACCAUAGCAGUGAGUCGAACACCUCUAAAUGCAGGAGUAGAUAGUGCACGGAGCUGUACUCCUUGCUGAUCCCGUUCGCUGUCCGCCGCGAUCGCCUCCACGGAAAGGAUCUUGACACAUUGUCUCUUCUGCGACAGUAAGUGUCAUUGGAUACGUGGGCAGGGGUUGUUGCGCACGAUUCGCCAUCGAAGGAUGAAAGCACCCGUACUCUGGAAUCAUACGUGCGUUCUAGGUCUCGUGAGAUCGUGGGUGGUCGGACAAGCUUAAGACUUCGAGUACAUCUCAAUACUCUGCAAGUUCAUACCCUCCA